UGGGUUACUCUGGGACUUUGGUUACUCAAGGUGCCGCUAGCAUUGAGUGGCGCACCUGUUUGUUUACUACAGAUGGUGCGCGUCCGUCGCCAGUUACUACCGAGGAGGGACAGGCGGCCGCCCCCUCACACAUGCUGCACUAACCAUGGAUCCACCUGGGAAAGGUGCAAGUGAAAUGGGAGCUGGAGUGGAUGCAGGAUCAGAGAAUGAAUUAGCUAUGGCAGAAACAAUGCCAGAAGCAAUGAACAGAAAGGAAAGUGAUUUGUCUGAGGAGCCGCGGUUGCCUAAUGUAUCCAGUUCAGUGGGUACCCAUGACUCAGAAAGUGUGAACCCUAAAGUGCCUUCAAAAGAUCCACACAGCACAACUACGUUACACAUGGAAGACCCAGAGAGAAACUCAACAACCUUGCCAAGUGUAGAGGAAAGUAAUGUUAAGCAGAUUUCUACUGGAAUAUCAGAUAUUUUGUCAGAGAAUUCUGAUAUUGAAAAUAAAAGUAAAAAUUCUAAUUCUUUAACUGAAAACAGUGACAAUAAAACUAUAUCAAGUGAUCAGUAUAACACAAGUAGUGAAAAUGGUGGUGCAAUAGCAAGUGAGAGUAGUGGAGGUAUUAGUUGGAGAUCUGAGGGUGAAUCAGCACUGCCUUCUAUGGGGAUUCUGCCGGAUGUGGAGGGAACCCCAGACCAAGGUGCCCAAUCCAAGAGACCACAGCCUCCAGACGUGGCAGCCCAGUGUGUUGCCUCAAGCUCUGCUGCACACAGCCCAGAAACACAUGCAGUGGAUCCCUCAGAUGUGGUGCACAAGAUCAAGAAGAUCAAGUGGCAGGAUAUUGAAGUGCCCAUUAUAACACAAAAUAAUAAUGGCCCGUGUCCACUUAUUGCCAUUGUUAAUGUAAUGAUUCUCAAGGGCCAGAUCACGUUACCAGCUGACAGAACAGAGAUCACGGGAGGAGACUUGGUGCUGGUAGUUGGGAAUGCCCUAUUUGACCAGCCAAGGAACUCACUCCCGUCAGACAUGAGGCGUCAUGUAGAGCAGAACACAGAAGAUGCAAUCAGUAUUCUCCAUAAGCUACUUACUGGCUUAGAUGUUAAUGUUAAGUUUUCAGGGGUGCGAGACUUUGAAUUCACUGGUGAACUGUGCGUGUUUGACCUGCUGGGCAUAAUGCUCUAUCAUGGGUGGGUGGUGGACCCCUCCAGUGAGGCAGCUGCCAUCAUCAAGCACCUCUCCUACAACCAACUCACCAACAACAUAUUUGCCUGGAGAGAAGAGGCUAUUAAGAACAACAACAAUGACCUCCUUGUAAAAGCCAUGUUGUGUGAAGAAUUUAUGGCUAAUAGUGGAUCUCAGCUCACCAUCCAUGGUCUCUUUGAACUGGGAUCUGCCUUGCGUCGUGAAGAAAUAGCAGUUCUCUUUCGCAACAACCACUUUUCUACCAUAUAUAAAAGAGGGGACCAGCUUUAUCAACUCCUCACUGACCAAGGAUUCCUACAUGAAAACAUGGUGUGGGAAACUCUGAAUGAUGUGGAUGCCACCUUCUCUGAGUUUGUUAAUGGGAACUUUGAGACCAUCCCACCUGCUCCUGAACCAUCUCCAUCAUCCAGUGACCUUCAGAACAUGACUCUUCAACAACAAAUUAAUUCUGAUGAAGAGAUGGCAAAGAAGCUGCAAGAAGAAGAAAACAGGUUAGCAGCCGAGGCAGAAGCUGAAGUUCAACCGUCCCGCCAGGCCACCACAGUCCCUCCAUCUGUGCCCACACCCAUCCCGCAGCACAACCCUCAGCCACAAGAGGACAAGAAGAAGAAGGAGUGUGUGAUCCUCUGAGAGUGGCAAGCAGUGGACCAGGUGGUACCCCUUCCCACUGGGCCAGUGAUGGAGCAGUACUCUUCUCCUGGGCAGUGAAAGUGUGUGGGUGGCUUUGUGAUUGUUAUUCAUUAUGAGAAAAGAUGGAAAAAAAAGUUCCUCUCCUCCCUAGUCUAAUUAACAUGUACAUUGAGUGUAUAAAGUCACUUGGUUUUCAUGUCUGGGAUAUUAAAGUGAAUAUUAAGGAAACAUAUUGAUAUAUUUAAUUUGUUAUGAUAGCUUUGCCAUAAUUGUGUACUUUAGUUAGGCAAUGGCAACAUAACAAUAAAUCUUAAGUAUCAAAAAAUGAUAGGUUAUAUGCUUGCCAUAUUUGCUUGUCCUGCAAUAAUAAUAUUUUUCCCUAUUUUGCCCAUCUCUUCUCCAGUAUUCUUCUGUGAACUGAGAAUGUCACAGGCAGAUUUAUGUGUUUUUAACAACACCCACCACUAUUCAGUUUUCAGGGCCAGGGUUGGCAUAAAUUUCAUCACACUUAGAAAACAUGUAUGUACAGAAAGUUAUUUAUUUUGUUGAAGAAAUUGUGCUUACUUCUAUAUUAUGUAUCUGCUGGUUACUCAUGUAAUAUACACAUAUAUCUAUAUUUUCCAGAAAAAAAAAGUAGUUAUGUGAAAAUUAUUUAAGACAUUGUUAUGGUAAUCUUUAGUAGUAUUUCAUAUUGUCUACAACUUGAAAAGAAAAGUAUUUAGUAGUGAAGUAGAUACUUAGCAUAUGAGAGGAUGAACCUUUGUAGAGUGUGAGUUUAGUGGUGGAGUGUGUGAGUGUGAGGAUGAGAGAGUGAGAGGUGUGGGAUGUGCAAGGGUGAGAUGCAUGGACAGGUGCAAUUAAAGAUUUUCCUGCCGUGGCCUCUCACCUGAAUAAUUGAGUUCCCAUGAAUCAUAGUGGUCUAAACUGUUUCAUAUUGCAUCAAGUUGCUGAAGAUACAAAUGGUAUAAAGUGGAUGACUAACAGAAAGAAUAUAGAUGCAUUGAAAAGGCUUUGUGGUAUAAUGCAUGAUUUACUUAAAUGACUAGCAGUGAAUGCACAUGUUGUCACUACUCUGCAUUUCAGUUUUUAUCUAACCUUUUGCAUGCAUCAGUUGUAUUUGGCUGUAUUUCAUAACCGAAGUAUUAGAUGUAUUUUGUUAAUUUCACUGACUAGGUGUUUCUUGCCUUUUUUGUAAUAGUACCAUUUCCUUUAUCAUUUACCAGUUCUCUAAAUCUUGACUAUAGACUUAUAGACUAUUAGCUAACCAAAUGGUUUCGUGUCACAAGAAGUCUCACAAGAAAUGACAUGAAGCAACUGUAGCUCACCUCUGCUAAGUCACGAAAGUCUUAUUCAUGACUAUCUUGUGUUAAGAGAUCCCUCAGCUUUUUUGUAAAAUUACUGAUUCUGAACCUCUUAACUAAAGUUUUCUCUUCCUCUUCCAGUCUGAUAAAGGUUUGUGUUGCUUGCAUCACUAACUACAGGCACUGUCACAGUUGUUGUGCAACAUUAACACACCACACAUUCAUCUCGCUGUUCCUUUCAAGUCUUUCGUGUUCUGUUUCUAGAUGAUUUUCAUGGUAGUUCUUAUGUAUCCAUGUUUGUCCUUUUGUUUGAGUUUCAUAUUUGCUUUAUAUAAACAACAAUAAUAACAAUAGUGCCACAUAGACAGUUGUAGGUCCAGUGUUUUGAACCCAAUCAGAUCCUGUUUUGAUGCUAAACUACUGGAGGGUGAUCUUGGCAGACUGUAUUAGUGGUUAGAGGAGUGACCAUUGCAGUUUAUUAAAAAAUGUGUUAUAUUUAAUGUAUAAAAUCAUUAUAAAUUAACCAGUCUCAUGAAAAAUUACAAAAAAGAUAAUUUGC